AGCAAUGGCGGCGUGCAGGAGGAGUUAAAUGCCACAACAACAAUGUAUGGUUAACAGCGGGUUUGUUCGACGUGUCAAAAUAUUUCACAUAACUAAAUCGGCAAACCUGUACCGGAAAACUUGAGGGACCAUAGACGUCCAGAGGCGUCCCAUAUAUUUGUCGAGGUGUCCUCGUAAAAGCGCAAAAACGGAGGAAAAGGGUGUACGUCGGCUUUCCUGCCUAACACUGCGAUUCAUGGUAAAUUUCCCACGAGUGCAAGCGCAAAUUUCAUUAUCGGGCGCAGCUGCGCCUUUGCAGCUUUUUGUUUAGUUUUUAUUUUGCAUGGAAUAUUUCAUCAACAACUGCCAGUCUGACGCGAAAAAAACAACAAAAAAAACACCGGGCGACAGUUGUGCGUUUAUUGGGCUCUCAAAAUGACCGAAUCGUCAACAACUUCGUUGGAUCCCGUCCCGAUGGCUGCCCAGCCGCCGGGAGAACUCGCCGAGGACAAUGAGGUCCUCAAGGGCUGGCCUUACACGGAGCGGGUGAACCACAGGGGCUCCAAGGACCUCAAUGCCAAGGGCAUGCACCCGUUCUACGGACCGUUCUCCCGCGAGGUGGAGCUCAAGAGCCUCCCGAGCGGGAGCCUGGAGAAGCGGAGCGGCCUAUACAGCGGGCACGCCGUGGUCGUGCUCGUCGUCUGGUACUUGUUCAGCUUCACGACGCUCAUGCUCAACAAGUGCAUCCUGACCUAUCAGAGCGGGGACCCCGUGGUGCUGGGUGCAGUGCAGAUGCUGACUUGCUUUAUCUGCGGCUACGUACAGAUGCGGGCAACCACCAGGAGAAAACUGCACGCAGAGAACUCUCCAAAGAUGCACAAUGUCAUUCUGGUUGGUUCCCUCAGGUUCAGCACCGUGUUCCUGGGACUGGUGGCACUGUGGUACGUGCCAGUGUCGUUCGCCGAAACGGUCAAAAGUUCUGCGCCGGUCUUCACGGUGGUCAUCUCGCGCCUGGUGCUUGGCGAGACGACCACGUGGCUGGUCAACAUGAGCCUGUUUCCCGUCAUGGGGGGCCUGGCCCUGUGCAGUGCCAAUGAACUGAGCUUCAAUCUGCCCGGCUUUAUGGCCUCCCUGUGCACCAACUUGUCCGAGUGUUUCCAGAAUGUCUUCUCCAAGCGUCUGCUGAGCGACGAAAAAGUCAAACUCCUGCCGGUGGAGCUGCAGUGCUACACGAGCCUGAGCUCGGUGUUCAUCCUGGUGCCGGCCACCCUGGCCCUGGUGGACUUCCGCAAGGUCUGGGAGCACACCAGCUGGUCCUGCUUGGGCACCCUGGCACUGGGGGGCAUCUCCUUCCACUGCCAGAGCUUCACCGAGUACAUCCUGCUCGGCUACAUCUCGCCAGUCACCCACAGUGUGGCCAACACGGUCAAGCGGGCACUGAUGAUCUGGCUGUCCAUCCUGGUCUUCGGGAACAACGUGACCUUCCUGAGUGGCCUGGGCACACUUGUGGUCACUGCGGGUGUGUUCCUGUACAACCACGCGCGCAACGUGGCGGCCAAGUUGGACCAGUACGACGUUACCCUGAGCACGGUCAAGGUCACCGACCACGACGUCUGAUGACGGCACCUGAAAAUGGCACGUCCCGCUGGUCGGUUUAAAUGGUGCCGGGCAGGAAUGUGAAAUGUGCGUCUUUUGAACUCUUACGUACGCACUGCAGUCACGUGGACCGCUUGAGUCGGGGUGCAAGCGAUAUUGCAAGGCCUUCUCUGUGCGAGUUGUGGGACUUUUUCAUUCCAUGUAUCUAGAAAACCGUGCUUUGAUCGGAAGAGACUGCCAAUCAAGUCCUUAGCUGUAAGGGCGGUACCUACCCAAAGUCCACCACACACCGGCGGAUGGCAUUGCGUAUGAACGAGCAGCCGUAGUCCGCUGAAACUAGCGUGUUCAGUGUCGCAGGAAGCGUCUGCCUUCAUAAAUGGAUUUACUAUCAAUUAAUCCUCUCGUGUAAGUUUGUGCAGUUGUGUCGCGCGAGUUAUUCAGUCAAUAAUUUUUUACUUUAAAGCUGAGAGUCGCCGAGUUGAACGGAGUUACGAAAGUUUCCAGGCGCGUGCGAAAGGGUCGAGGCAAUUGUGUAGCUCUGCUAAGUUCUGGAUGAGCGAAUGUUAAUUUAAGUGCACUCUCGCAGUUCUUGCAACAGCUAAGAAGAGCUGUUAUAACUAUAAGCAUGGGUGCCCGUUGUACAUUACAACUACGGCUAUAUGUUCGCUGGUUAUGAACGUUACUAUCCGAGGGUAUAAAAAGGAGGGAUUAUCGUCUGUGCCACGAUGACGCUACGACGCAGCCAUUGCGUCGAGCAACCCAUGGGUGUGUCUGCGGUACUUUCCUCGUAGGCUCCACAAGCCUUCCUCUGUGAUAACCGAGCUGUCGUCUCUGUCGACUGUCUAUGGGUAUUACGUCUACGCUCAGCUGUCAGUCAAAGGACGCACAUUACUAAUCUCAUACCAGACGUUAUUGUCCCAUGUUUUACGACAGCAGUGAUUGUUGCGGUGAAAAGAGCAACUUUUCCCCAGAAACAUUCCUACUCUUUGUUGGAAUCUGAUUUCAAAGCGUGUCAUGCAUGCCUAUGUGCUGCCCUCUCAAGAGACUGCCAUCGUAGCACUUGUCUGCAUUGAACUUCCAGACUUCUUUGAAAGAUUAGGAGUUGAUCUGCCUAUUCUACACAAUUCUACUAUAUACAUUGCUACAUAUACAACAUGUCCCCCCCCCCCCCCCCAAAAAAAAAAAAAGAAGAAAAAAAAAGACUAGUGCAUUUUUAUUGCAGAAAUGAACUAAACAUGGCCGAAAAAUCAUUGUGUGUGCAAACGUGGCUCUGGCGGUCUAGACCACAUGCCAAAGUGUGGGUACUAACCGUUAUCCAAUUUAAAAGUUAUGCGAUUUUCUGAAACUUUCAAUGGGAAAAUGGGGCCCGUUUUCGGUGACUGGCACCAUUCAGCUUUAUGUAUUCGAGAGCUCCGUCGGCCACCAUUUUUCCAUUAAAAAUCUCAGAAAAUCACCAAUAACUUUUGAAUAAGAUAACCGGUUACUUCUGGAACAUUGGCAUCUGGUUUCGACUGCUAGCGCUACAUUUGGGCGAGGAGUGAGCGUUCGGCGAUACGUCAUCUAUUUAUGCGGUGAAAAAAACCCUGUCAAUUAUUUUUAGGACACCUGUUUUAAACCUUGAAACUGGCAUAUAAUUACUUGAGGUGUCACUCAGCUCCCGUUUAUUAUUAUUCUGUAAUCGUGAUUGACAGACAUUGUGUACGGAUACGUUUUAUCGGUCGGCCUUCUUGAAACUGGUUUAUUUGUAAGCUUGCAAGCGCAGGUGCAAAGUGGAAAGCAUGAACUUUUCUUGCAGGCUUGGGAUUUCGACCGCAUUUGAGAUGUUCUCCCUGAGCUUACUUUUUAUACGUAACUAGCAACUUAAAAGUGGUUGUUAACAGCCACGCAAUUGUUAGUUUUCUUCGUAGCGAGGUUGUGAAGCCAUUAUUUUAAGUUCCAGAGGCUUUUUGGUAUUUAUUUUCGCACGGCUUUCUCGAGACAUUUUUUUAAAGUGAGAGUUGCGUGCAAUAUUAUAUUUUGAUUGUUUCCUAAGGCCUGUCUCGAUGUAGGUAACAAGACUCAGUGGAGUGAACCAGCCAUUUGAAACAGCAAUCUUUCUAGAUGGGCUUGAAAUCUGUACUUGGGUAAUGGCACACAACCAGCAGAUGGCCCGUGGUGGCGGAAGAGUGUCACUUUUAGUUGCUUGCAAGCGCGCCUUUUUGUUCUGCUAAGGCUCUUUCGCACAGUGUUUGUUUUAUUAGUCAGGUAUUUCAGAUUUUAUUUUUGGAAAUAAAGGAAAAUGGGCAUUAUUUA